AUGGCAAUCAAGAGACUGGAAAUAAAUACUAGAAGAUUGAAAUCGGACAACCUCUUCGAAGACUACUGUCGAGUACUUGAAGAAUGGACAGCUGAGGGAAUCAUCGAACAAGUGCUUCUUCCGGAAGUAAAUGACAGCGGCUAUUAUCUACCUCACAGACACAUUAAUGUGUCGCCCAAGGAACGAAAUGUGCUCCGGUUUCUAUGGUGGAGUAAAGAAGAUCCGACGAAAAUAACGGUCUACCGACACUGUAGAGUCGUGUUCGGAGUGUCUAGCAGUCCCUUUUUGUUGGGUGCUACUAUUGAACUGCUUCUGGAGCGAGCACUACAACAAGCGACUACAGAUGAACAGCGUGCCAUCAUCAGGAAACUUCAGAAGUCGUUCUACGUGGACAACUGUGUGACGAGCGUCGACUCCAACGAAGAAUUGCAGCUGUUCAUGGAGGGAGCUACUGAUGCAAUGUCUGCCGGCGGUUUCCUUCUGAGAGGUUGGGAAUACUCCGAUCCGACGCUGAUCCGGGACAGCUCGUCAGUACUCGGGCUUACGUGGAAUAGAGGCCAGGACACCUUAUCGCUGACAAAGGCUGCGUUGGAGGAACCUCUACCUGAAAAGGUAACGAAAAGAAGCAUUUUGUCAGCCGCGCAAAAGAUAUUCGAUCCGAUCGGUCUAGCGUGUCCGGUACUGCUGCGCCCAAAAUUACUAUUGCAGAAACUCUGGUCCACGGAUUUGGAUUGGGAUACAGAGGUGAAUAAGGAGAUCGAAGACAUUUUCCGAGAGUGGCACCAACAACUAAAGCUCCUAAAAGAGUUGCAUAUACCCCGAUGGAUUUUUGGAGAUGAGCUGAGAGAGUGUUCGACGUCCUUACACGUUUUCGUCGAUGCCAGCCAAGAUGCCUAUGCAGCAGUUCUCUUUGCUCGUACCGAGACCUCAAAAGGAGUCAAGGUGCAACUCAUCGAGGCCAAGGCGAGGGUAGCUCCAUUGGGAAAAUUGACCAUAAAUAGACUGGAACUUCUUGCAGCCACAAUUGGUGUCAGACUAAUGGAUUCCUCCUUAGACGUUCUGGAAAGAGAGCAGCCGGAGAAAUUUUAUUGGAAACCUGAGCAAUGGCAUCACGUACCCGGAACAAUAAAUUCUGCCGACGUACCUUCACGAGGAUGUAGUGCGAAGCAGCUCCUCGAGUCCCGCUGGUGGGAGGGCCCGGAAUGGUUAAAGAAGUCUCGAGAUCAAUGGCCCUCAGCGGAAUAUACCGUGGACGAGUCAGAAGUCGAUAGAGAAAUUAAAAAGUCCGCGAUCAAGAUAAAGAAGUCCGAGGCAUCUAUCCAGCACGAACUCGCAAUGAAGAAUACUUGUAAGACAGUAGAAGAUUAUUGGUAUCUUAAGGGAUCUUCCAAAUACACAAAAAUUCUGCGCGUGAUGGCCUGGAUCCUUCGUUUUGUCACAAAAUGCCGAAGAAACUGCAUUCGUCAUCUAUCCGAGGUUUUGUCGGUAAAAGAAAUCAGUCAAGCUGAAUUAACACUGAUGCGUUUAUCUCAAGAAGAGUCUUUCGAAGGUGUCGAGGACCCAAGAAUCAGUUGUCUGAAGGCGUUUAAGGAUAAGGCUGGAGUUAUUCGCUUGAAGACUCUGAUCUUCAAUAGAGAAGAUCAGUUUGGUUUCUGUUACCCCAUAGUCCUUGAACCACGGCAUCCUCUGGUCAGAAAACUAAUCCAACAUAAACACCAAGAGCUUCAUCACGCCGGCAUGCAGAUAGUGAUGAGUAGCCUGAGAGAACAAGUAUGGAUAUUAUCUAGUCGACGAGCAAUUCGGUCCGUCCUCUCCAAGUGUAUAAUAUGCAAACGAUACAAUGCCAAGAGAAUUGAGGCAUCACCUUCAAUCCUUCCAGAGGAACGAACAAGAGACGCUGCUGCAUUCGAAGUAUCAGGAGUCGAUUGUGCUGGCCCAUUGUAUUUAAAAGGCGGACAGAAGGCGUGGAUUUGUCUGUACACGUGUGCGGUUUAUCGAGCGGUUCACCUCGAGCUGAUCACUCUACUCUCGACGGAGGCGUUUCUGGAGGCUUUUCGACGAUUUGUUGCACGCAGAGGAAGACCGUCAGUUAUGUUUAGCGACAAUGGCACUAACUUCACCGGGACAGGCAAUCUGUUACGUGGAAUUAAUUGGAAAAGGAUCACCGAAUAUAGCGCCGUAAAGAAAAUAGAGUGGCGUUUUAAUCCACCCUCCGCCGCAUGGUGGGGCGGAUGGUGGGAGAGACUAGUCCGCUCAGUCAAGGAGAUACUGCGGAAGGUCUUGGGACGAGCCUGUCUUACGUCAGAUGAGCUAUACACAACGCUUUGUGACUGUGAGGCUAUUGUAAACUCGCGCCCCAUCACUUACCUGUCUGAGGAUUCUGGUCAGCUGGCCCCAUUAACUCCGUCGAUGUUUAUUCAAGAUGUACAAGAAAGUGGAUUGCCGGAUCUGGAUCAGAUCGAAGAAAGCAACCUGAAGGCGAGACUACGCUAUCGUCAGAAGCUUCGAGCAGACUUACGCUGUCGAUUCCGGUCGGAGUAUCUAGGGCAAUUGUCAAGAGCGAGCUACUCUAGUAACGAUGAAAUCAAGAUAAAAAUAGGAGAUGUCGUUCUCAUAGGAAACGAAAGUCAGAAGCGCCUAGAUUGGCCCUUGGGACGGGUCAUCGAGAUCAGGCGGGGAUGGCGAAGUACGAGUAGUGCGAGUUAA